AUGGCUACCCGUAUCCAGUUCGAAAAUAACAGCGACAUUGGUGUCUUCUCCAAGUUGACAAACAGCUACUGCCUUGCCGCCAUCCAAGGUAGCACAAACUUCUACUCAGCGUUUGAAAGCGAACUCGGAGAUGUCAUUCCUAUCGUGCACACGAGUAUUGGCGGGACGCGCAUAAUAGGACGGUUGACGGCCGGAAAUCGUCACGGUCUUCUGGUUCCAUCCUCCACCACUGACCAGGAGCUCCAACAUCUGCGCAACUCCCUCCCAGACGCCGUCGCCGUCCAGCGGGUUGAAGAACGACUUUCUGCCCUUGGAAAUGUCAUCGCAUGUAACGAUUAUGUCGCCCUCGUUCAUCCAGAUGUCGAUCGGGAAACAGAAGAGAUCAUAGCAGAUGUCCUCAAGGUCGAGGUGUUCAGGCAGACGGUCGCCGACAACGUUUUGGUGGGGAGCUACUGUGCGAUUACGAACCAGGGCGGUCUGGUACACCCCAAAACGAGUAUACAAGACCAAGACGAACUGAGUAGUCUAUUGCAAGUUCCGUUGGUGGCUGGAACAGUAAAUCGCGGUUCCGAUGUUAUCGGUGCAGGUCUCGUCGUGAACGAUUGGUGUGCAUUCACAGGUCUAGAGACGACCGCGACGGAGAUCAGUGUCAUAGAAGCCGCUUUCAAGCUACAAGGACAGGACUCCGCCGCCGUUAUAGGAGAGAUGCGCGAUUCUCUUAUUGACAAUUGGGCAUGA